GGCUUCAGUUGACGGUCGUGAACUCCUCAACACGUCCGUAAACUCGGAUUAUUGUGUCGAAACGCACCGCUUCACUCAAUUGAGUUCACGGCCAACAACUCCAGUUCACGGUCUUGGUGACUAUGAACUCACUCGGCGUUAGUAACCUCUGAAACCUCCCUAGACGCUUUGCGGUUUGCGGCUCACGGUUUAUGGCUCCAGUUUACGGCCUUAGGAGAUUGUGAACUCUAAUGGGAAACCGUGAACUUGGCCUAAAUCACUCUCUUUGCCCGGUCUUUGCUCCUUUUCUUCCAACUUUCGACUCCGGGGCUGGUUUCACCUAUUAGAUCCCGAAACACGAGAAACCUAGCGUAAAACCACCCUUUUAGGAGCACAAAUGCCACAAACACCCAAGGAAAACGGGGAUAAAAUGUGUACAAUUAGGCCCGAAUCAAUGCUCAUUUGGGAAUGUUGGGAUAUUUGAUGUUGAAUAGUGUUUGAAUUCUUUGCAUGCUAGUUAUAGGUUGUAAUUGUGUGACUUUGGUAUGCUGAAUUGGUUCCAUGAAUACACAAUUGUUUUUGUGAUGGCAUGUAUCGUAAUUUGCUUGGAAGAAGGAUUGAUUUUGAAUUUUGCUUAGAAAUGGAUUAAUGUUUUUAACCUUUACUUGUGUCAUUUCCAUGGUGGUUUUCACUUUCGGGAAACUCAGACAUGUUUAUGAAGAUCAUACCUAUUAAAAUCUUGAUUUGGUAGCUCAAAUUCCUGUAAAAAUUCCAUAACAUUAGAUUUUUGCAAUGUUCAUCGAUUUGAAUGACUCAAACUUCUUAUUUGUAAAAAUUUUCCUUAUGAUUAUUAUGCACGAUAGUUGAUAUGCUUGUUCUUACUUAUGGAUUUGAUUUAAAGAAUGCAUGGUUGCAUCUAUAGUGUGGGGUAUUGUGCUUCGAUUGUUUUUUGCAUGAUUGAUAUCUAUCUUUGCAAACCUCCUGCGAUGUACCAACGCAAGGCUUGAAGAAUGGAGUUGGGGCUUCUUCAUUCUUGAUUUCUCCUUUGAGAGAUGAGACAAGUCCUCCAAGAAUCUCAACAACACUUCCACUUAAACUUCCUAUACACCCUUCCUUCACCAAGCUCUCCUUAGUUGUUGCUCGCCCAAAGAAACAAUGCAUUUACACAAAGGAAGAGGUCGAGGAGAUGCAUGCCUUGAUUCGGGCCUAAUUGUACAUAUUUUAUCCCCAUUUUCCUUAGGCGUUUGUGGCAAUUGUGCUCCUAAAAGGGUGGUUUUACGCGAGGUUUCUUGUGUUUUAACUUGUUUCAGGAUUUAACAGGUGAAACCAGCCCCCGGAGUCGAAAGUUGGACGAAAAGGAGCGAAAACCGUGAGAAGAGGUGAAAACCGGCAAUUCACGGUUUCUCAUGGAUGUUCACGGUCUUCUAAAAUCUUAAGUUACUGACACGAAGUGAGUUCACGGUCACUAAGACCGUGAACUUGAACUGUUGCCCAUGAACCCGUGCAAGCGAAGCGGUGCGUUUCGACGCCAACCUUGAGUUCACAAACGCGUUCAAGAGUUCACGGCCGUAAACUGAGCCCGAUCCCUGAAUAAGAAGAGAGCUGAAAGGAAGAGAGAAGGGAGAGCCCAAGAGUGAGAAAGUGCCUUCUUCAGAUUUUAGAGAUAGAAAGAACGAACCAAGGAAGGAAGAAGGCUAGGCUUUGCUUGUGCUAGACUUGGUGUUGUUUUCCAAUUGUGUGUAGGAGGUGCAUGACCCGGAGUAUCCGGCACCUUUGCUACCCCGUGACGAGGACAUAAACCAAACUCUCCGAAUCCUAGCACGGAGAGGGAGCUAGCGGAGGCAAGGAUAAGAAGUGAAGAAAAGGGACAACAAUUUGGUCCCGGUGUUAGUGGAGUUUAAGUUUAAGAAGUGGAAGGUGAACCCGACAUUGGAGUAGAAAUGGCGGAGAACCAAAGAGAAGCGGGAGCCGUCCAAGCUCGUAAUCUAAACGAUGCGGCGGCGGAAGAGGAAGCCCCAAGGACAAUGAGAUACUAUAUGGCCCCACGACCGGCGAACAUUCAAUCGCCAAUCUUACACCCUCCCGUGGCGGCCAACAAUAUCGAGAUCAAGCCGGCUCUAGUGACUAUGAUACAGAACAAUGCUUUGUUCCAUGGUCUUCCGAGCGAGUCACCAAGAGAGCAUGUGCAGAGAUUCCUGGAGCUCGCGGGGAGCUUGAAAAUCAAUGGCAUGCCGGAUGAAGCUUUGCAACUGAGGCUUUUCCCCUAUUCACUUGCGGGGAAAGCAAUCCGGUGGCUAAACAACCACCCGCCUCGUUCAAUCACCUCAUGGGACAAUCUUCUCUACAAAUUCAUCACCUACUACUGCCCACCUUCGAAGACGGCCAAGUGGAGAAAGAUUAUCACCCAUUUCGAGGAAGAAGAAGACGAGACCUUGAGGGAUGCUUGGGAGAGAUACUCCGAUUAUUUUCUUCAAUGCCCUCACCAUGGGUUCGAAGAACAGUUUCGGAUUGAAACUUUCUAUGGUGGUCUAAUCCAAGAAGACAAGAUUCUCAUUGACUCACUGUGUCAGUGGAAAUUGAUGAAUAUGAAUCCACCCCAAGUGACCGAGCUACUUGAAGAAAUGGCACUCAAGGGAUACAAUUGGGGAUUGACGAGAAGCGGGAAGAGAAGCAAUGAUAGGGGAGUGAGAAGCAUGGGAGAGAGCGCUCCACUUGAGGCGAAGUUGGACAAGUCGAUAGAGGUAAUUCUUGAAGAUAAAAAGCAAGGAAAGAGGUCGAUGAUGUCUUAUGAUUGGUGUUCGAGCACUAACCAUGAGAUUGCGGAGGGCCAAGCAAUGAAGGAGGCAACCACUCCGGAGGAGCAAGUCAAUUUCGUGGUAAAUGCUAGGGCCAAUAACCUGUAUAACAAUACUUAUAAUCCCGGAUGGAGGAACCACUCCAAUUUUUCUUGGUCAUCACCGACUAAUCCGAGACCCCUGGGUUUUCAAGGUCCUACGGGCAAUUAUCAACCUCGUCCAACCUUCAUCCAACAAAGGCCUCAAGUCCAAAGCUGGAACUUCCAACAACCAUAUCUCGCACAAGGUGGUCAAGGGUUUCAACAACAACAACAACAACCCGACAAGCUAUCCAAGCUUGAGGACCUAGUGAACACCUUUGUGAGCACGAGUGCUCAAAAGUUCGAGAAGAUUGAGCAAUUCAUGGGUGUGGCGACUACCAAAUUUACCUCGGUUGAGGCAGAACUCUGAAGCCAUCAAGUGAGCCUCCAAAGCAUGGAAGUGCAAAUCGGCAAUCUUUCCGGGAUCCUCACCGAGAGACCGAAGGGAGCUAUACCAUCCCAAAACGUGGUGAACCCCAAGGAUCAUGCUGGGGUGAAUGCAAUUCAAGUGGGAAGUGGAAAGGUGACUCCGAGCGUCGCCACUAAAGAGGCAGCUGGGAAGUGAUUGAGAAGGAAGGUUCCUGUUACACAGAGAGGCAGCUGGGAAAACGAAGGGUUGAGCACCAAUCAGAAAUGACAAAAGUGAAAUCGAAAAAGGAGAUAAGGAUGAGUGAUGACAGAUCACUCUAGACUCCUUCCUUUCACUUAAAACUAUGGGCCCGACUUAUCCUAAGCCCACAAUAAGAGAAAGAGGAAACCCAACCAGUUGAAACAAUUUACUGGCCUGGAAAGCUAAAGCCACUGCUUUAGAGUCUGUAACCUGUCUUCUUCGAUGAGAUGAAGAAGGUUCAGAAACAGGGGAAGAUUUCCAGAACAGAGCACGCGACAAGGAACAACAAAGAGAAGAAGCAGAAAGUGCACAAGAGAUUUUUAACGAGGUUCCCAAACUACUAGUCACUCCUCGUCCUAGACUCAGUACACACUGAGAUCUAGGAGACUCCUUUUUUUAUUUAAUUUUUCCUAUCAAGCAAGAAAUUGAAGAAUGCAGA